AUGCCUUUUUCACAACUAGAAACGCUACAGGUCCUCAACAUCUUUAUAAAGAUGCAUGUUAAGCAUUUUGUCAUUGAGCAACUGGUGAAUGCUAACGGCAGAAAUUUGGUAUGGGAACUUGGAGAACGUGACAUUGAAUUUUGCCAGAGAUACCACAAAGACUUUGAACGGAGAAAAGGGCAUGAAAAGACACGAAAGGACAUGAGGCUAGGUGAUAUGGGCUAUAGGCAGAAAAGAUUUUGGAAAAGGGAUCUUCAAUUUGGUGUUUUGAUAUUUCGGUUCAAAUCUGUUAAAGAUUAUUUUAUCAAAGAAAGGGGACGCCAUUGUUAUUGUAUUGCUUACCAUGCAUUCGAAUCAUACUUAGAUUGA